AUGAUUCUUGUUGAUGCUGCUUUCAUGAUUGAACUCAUGUGGAGCACUCGGUUCUUUUCUACUGUUGAUCUGAAUGAUCCUAUAUUCCACAAACCAUGGACGGUUUUUGACAUAAACUAUGAUAUAAUGUUUUUUGAAAAUCAAAUUCCAUUUUUUGUUCUGGAGGAUCUUUUCGACCUCGCAAACUUCGAGGCAUACCAGAUCCCAGGUGGUACAGCUGAGAGACCAUCUUUGGUUGAUCUAACCUGCAAAUACUUCAAGGAAUAUUUCGGGAUUCUAUCGCAAGCAGACUAUAUACUGGAAAUUAGAAACUCUUUACAAGCGAAACAUUUGCUUGAUUUCCUAAGAAAUUGUCUCAUACCAUCGCAACCUCCGAAGCCACCCAAUACGAGCGGUAAAUAUAGCACCGGAGGUUGCGCAACAAAGCUCCACGAGGCUGGAGUAACGUUUAAGAAGGGAGAAAGCAAGAACUUGUUUGAUGUGAAAUUUGAAAACGGUGUUUUGGAAAUCCCAAAUUUACCAUUUGAAAACAGAAUUGACUAUAUUGUCUUCUUCGAUAACCUCAUUGACUCUCUGGAGGAUGUUGACUUACUUGGUCGCAGCGGAAUCAUCAAGCCUGUGAAUGGGGACAACAAAGAUGUAUCGAAUAUGUUCAACAAACUCGGUAAAGACAUUGUCAUAAACCGUGAGGGCUACUAUUUUGCUGGAAUUCAUAAUCAACUGCUUGAAUUCAUUGGCACAAAUGGAGGGCAACCUUGA